AUGGAGAAGCAAUGGGCCCGGCAGGCAGGCCAGACGGGGAGCUCAAGGGAGGCAAGCCCUUUAUACACGGCAGCCCCCAACAAGUCGGCAAGCCAAUUCCGCGAGGCAGGCCGCAACGAGCUCGAGCAGAACAACAAGAAAAACAAAAGCUUCCCCGCGACCCUCGUGGGGUCAGAGCUCUUCCCCACGAAAGCAGUGUGCUCGUCCUUCCCGGAAGGGAAUGGCGAUCUUAACCGCGAGUGGUGCGUCUAUGCGUGCAAGCUCUGGGUGAAUGCGACGAUGACUGGAGCCCCGGGAAUCGUGUGUCUCGUGGGAAUAGCCUGGCGCUCCGUGUAUAUGGAGACCCGGGAGGUUGUCAUUGGUGCUGCUAUGAUGUCAAGCCCAGGGCCCCGGGCCAACAUAGGUCAUGUAUGUAACCAUCACUGGGAUACCCCGAAGGGAGACCAUCGGUGUGUGUGUGUGUGUGUGCUCAGCGCCGCUGUUGCCAUGCUACCUCAUGUCUCAGUGACUGGCAAUGUGGCAUCCAUCAAACAUAGACCAACUUACAUGCAUUAG